GUUCCCUCUUUUAAGCUAACAGUCGUGAAUGUUUUUUCAGCUUGGUGUGUUCUGCGUGCUGUUCCUGAGUGGGGGUAGUUCGGGCAAGCUCAGAAGUCCCGACAUGGGUAUAGUGACCUAUGAUGAUGUGCAUGUGAACUUCACUCAGGAAGAGUGGGCUUUGCUGGAUCCUUCUCAGAAGAGUCUCUACAAAGAUGUGAUGCUGGAGACUUAUAGGAAUCUUACUGCAGUAGGCUACAUUUGGGAAGAUGAUAAUAUUGAAGAACAUCUUCAAUGUUUUAGAAGAUAUGAAAGGCAUGAAAGAAGUCACACUGAAGAGCAACCCUCUCAGUUUAUUCAGUGUGGGAAAGCCUUUGCAUUUCAGAGUCAUAACCAAAGACAUGAAAGAAUUUAUACUGUAGAGAAAUCCUAUGAAGUUAUCCCACAUUUUGAAGCCUUUGCAUAUCACAGUAUUCUCCAAAUACGUAAAACAACAGUUGCUGGAGAGAAAACCUAUGAGUGUAACCAAGGUAGUAGAAACUUUGUAUCUCACAAUUCUCUUCAAAGCCAUAAAAGGGUUCAUACAGGAGAGAAACCUUUUGAAUGUACUCAUUGUGGUAAAGUCUUUGCACAAAACAGUCAUCUUAAAAUACAUAAAAGAACACAUUCUGGAGAGAAACCUUUCAAAUGUAACCAAUGUAAUAAAGCCUUUGCAAGAAAAAGUCAACUUCAAAUACAUAGAAGAACACAUACUGGAGAGAAACCUUUCGAAUGUAAGCAAUGUGGUAAAGCCUUUGCACAAAACAGUCAUCUUCAAAUACAUACAAGAAAACAUACUGGAGAGAAACCUUUUGAAUGUAAUCAAUGUGGUAAAGCCUUUGCAAAAAACAGUACCCUUCAACUACAUAGAAGAACACAUACUGGAGAGAAACCUUUCGAAUGUAACCAAUGUGGUAAAGCCUUUGCAAGAAACAGUCAUCUUCAAAUACAUAGAAUAACACAUACUGGAGAGAAACCAUUUCAAUGUAACCAAUGUGGUAAAGCCUUUGCAAGAAACAGUAACCUUAAAGUACAUAGAAGAACACAUGCUGGAGAGAAACCUUUCCAAUGUACCCAAUGUGGUAAAGCCCUUGUUACAAACAUUGGCCUUCAACAACAUAGAAGAACACAUACUGGAGAGAAACCUUUCAAAUGCCACCAAUGUGGUAAAGCCUUUGCAACAAACAGUGUCCUUCAAAGACAUAGAAGAACACAUGCUGUAAGGAAACCUUUUGAAUGUAACCAAUGUGGUAAAACCUUUGCACGAGACUGUCAGCUCCUAAGUCAUAAAGGAAUACAUACUGGAAAGAAACCUUUUGAAUGUAACCAGUGUGAUAAAACCUUUACAAGAAACAUUGGCCUUAAACUACAUAGAAGAACACAUACUGGAGAGAAACCUUUUGAAUGCAACCAGUGUGAUAAAACCUUUGCAAGAAAGAGUUACCUUCAAGAACAUAGAAGAACACAUACUGGAGAGAAACCUUUUGAAUGUAACCAGUGUGAUAGAGCCUUUGCACAACACAGUCAUCUUAAAAAACAUAGAAGGACUCAUACUGGAGAGAAACCCUAUGAGUGUCAUCAAUGUGGCAAAGCCUUUUCAAGUCGAUUUGGUCUUGUACUUCAUAAAAGAACACAUAACCACAUUGGAGAGAAACCCCAUGAAUGCAAUCAAUGUUGUUAAGACUUUUUUGUCCUUGUAUAAUAAGUUCAUAGUAUUCCAUUGUAUAAAUGAAACAUUUUCUUUACAAAUUCAUCUGUUGAGUGACAUCUGGAUGGCUUCCGGUUUCUGGUCUUACAAAUAAAGCUCCUUAACCUAA